AUGCCUACACGAGACGAGUUCCUUGCAAGCCCUGGCCUGGUGCCACAAAUUACGGAAGCAGGCACCAUCUGUGCAAUCUGCUACGACGAAGCUACCAACCCGGUGUUGACGAGCGGCUGCGAAUGUCGCGUUCUGUACUGCCGGAAGUGUGUCCUGAGCUGGUUCGAAUAUGGCUCGAAUUGUCCGACCUGUCGUGUGGCCUACAUGAGUGAAAAUGAUCCCAACAAUGUUGAGGGACCGCUUGCGCCCCCAACCUUUGGAAUUAACGCUACGGUCCGAAGAUUCGCCCCAAAUGGCGAGGGAGAUGAAGUAAUAUAUCUGCUUGACCUCGACGAGAUGGGAGACAUGGACACUCCAGAGGAUGAGCAGGCCGAACUGCAACACAUCCACGACUUUCGUUUCUUUGACGACGAGUACGACUCCACGGACGAGAGCAUGACAAGACAGGCUUGGAUCGAUGCGUACCUUUUGAUCGAUUUCCUCCUAGCUGCCGCCAACACUUUCUACGAGGAACAGCUGGCAGACGCCCUGGAAGGCUCACAAGGAGCAGAUGAGAACGACUUCUUCCUCCUGGUUCGAACGGUUGGCCAGAUGAUCCUGGAUUUCCACGAGCAGGGCAUGACAUUCGAAGAAUGCCAUCAACUGCUCUUGCAAGAAGUGCUGGAUGACUUGAGACACGAAUCCCCCGUGUUCCAGGAAUUGUACAACGUCAUCGAGGCACAGGGGAGGAUGCUUGAUCCAAAUCCUCUGCAGAGAUACGUGCUUUACAUCGUGGAGCAGGUAGCAAUAGCAGCAGAGCGCGUCUACCACUUCGUUGACAAUGAAAGCGACGACGAACACGAUAGAGACAGCCAUCAGGACCAGAGCAUGGAAGAUGCUCCAUCGCUGGAAGGUGACUAUCCGCCACCGUAUCUCACCUUUGGCCUUCCAGUCACUGUCGAGGAGACCGUAAUAGACCAUUUCGAGGAAUGUCGACAUGUCUAUCUUCUGAACUCCGCGACGAGGGACCCAGAAAACGAUAUCGUAAGAGCAAGGGACCUCAGCGAAAUUCGAGAUUACGACGAAGAAGAGGAUGACGAACGCGACGGCCACACACGCCUCUCUCCUCCUGUCAUAGUCGAGAGAUUAGCUUUGUUCGACGCGCCUCCCUUGAUCGACGCACUCCUGGUCCACGCCAACACCUUCCACAGAGAGGUUUUCGACUGGGCAAGCAGAGACGGUCAGGAGGAGGUUCACGCCAACACAUCUCUCAGAGAGCGAUUCGACUGGUUCGGCAGACAAAUCCACAAGGAGUUCCACGCCGUGGUACAGUCUCUUGGAAGAGUGGUUAUAUCACUCGAUAGCCGCAAUGCGAUGACCCCAGAUGAAGCGCGCCACGAACUCAUCGAUCGCGCUGUCAACGAGCUGAAAGAUGUCUCGCCGAUAUUCAGGGAGAUGUAUCAAGCUCAUCAGGAGCAAAGGCAGCUGGAAACCCCUAGUAUCGUGCAGCGGUACAUGCUCGAUGUUAUCGAGCACAUGGUUGAACAGGCGAAACGCGUCUAUUUGUACAGCCAAUACCUAGACCAGGAAGCCGACUGGUGGAACUAG